UACUGUAUUGAGUUGAAUGAAGAAAAGGUUGAAUAUGUUUUAUUUACUUCAUUUUUCACUUGAUACACUCUGGUAAAAAUACAAAUUAUUGAAAUGUUUGAUAGUCUGCAAUAUUCAUAUCCUUGAACUCUAAUAUUUGAAGACAGAUGUAUUUAAAUGGUCCAAACUGGUGAUUGAAAUGUCUCCUUGUGUAUUGGUCCAACUUACAGUAAAGGAUAUAAAUGAAAAAAAAUGGAAUUAUAUGCACAAGGCAACAUGUAAUCAAUGAGAGGUGGACUUGGGAUGUGAUGGGAAAUGUACUGGAAUGCUAUGGAGUACUUCUUUUGAGAAGCUUCAUCACCUCAUUAAGAAGUGAAGAUAUAUGCAGACUCAAAUGUAAGGAUAAAUUGGGCACCUUCACUAACACAGUGAGUCGUAAUUAAAGGGUUAGCACAAGUUUAUAUAAUGUCCAAAAUUAUUGCGAGAAAUUUUAAGAUAUGCAGGAUAACCUAUCCUGCUGUAUUCUCGUGCUAAAACGUGUUCUAUAUAAGCUCGAGCUAAUGAAUUUUUUUUUUGUUAGGAAGUAGAAAUCUGUACCUUGGAGGAUCCAGAGUAUCUUAGUGCAGUCCCCUUCCCCUGUGUUUUCCCAUCUAUUACAGAAAGGUGGUAUAUACCCAACAGCUUAAAGUGAGAGAAGAAAGUUACCCGGAGACAAAAUCCUACCUUUGUCUUGCAUGCAAUUCACAUGUACUUGUUCUCUUCUCUGGACUCUGAUCUCCUCCCUUGUCCUUGGGCUUGUGCAUGCAACUUGGUCCCCUAAACACACACAAACACCUUCCAAACAACUUUAAUCGUGUAUUGAUCCUUACAAUUAAUGUUACCUCGCUGUCCAGACCUUUAAUCUUCAACUGCCAAACCAAUCAUCCAUCCCUAGCUACCUAGUGAUUUAUUCACUCCAUGCAUAUCAUAUAAAAUAAUUAUUUUCCAUUUAAUGUUGUCACAGCAACCUUGGAAAUGAAGAACCUGAAGAAAACAAGUUAUGCCCUUUUUAUUGCAAUCUUUGUGCUUUACAAGAGUAGUGUCUCCUGGUGCAAUGGUCAAGAAACUGAAACAGAGGGGGCUGCAAUGGAGAAAAGAGAGAAAGAAGCUCUUUACUCUGCCAUUCAAGGCUUCGUGGGUCAAGGAUGGAAUGGCUCUGAUCUCUAUCCUGAUCCCUGUGGCUGGACUCCCAUCCCGGGCGUUGCUUGUGACAUAUAUGAUGGCAAUUGGUACGUCACAGCCUUAAACAUCGGUCCAAUUCAUGAAAAUUCGCUUGGUUGUGCCUCAAAUUUGCAAUUUAGUCCUCAGCUGUUUGAACUUAAGCACCUCAGAUCCCUCUCAUUCUUCAAUUGCAUGCCACAUCAAAGCUAUCCGAUCAAAAUGCCCAUACACAACUGGAGUACACUUUCUGGAAGCUUAGAGUCCCUAGAGUUUAGAUCAAACCCCGGUCUUAUUGGACAAAUUCCCACCACCUUUGGUGACCUAACAAAACUUCAAUCCUUGGUGUUGCUUGAAAAUGGAUUAAGUGGUGAGUUACCAAUAAAUGUAGGCAACUUACUCCACUUGAAGCGGUUAGUGCUCUCGGGAAAUCAGUUUACUGGCCAAGUCCCAGACAGUUUUGGUACUCUGAGUAAGCUUCUGAUCUUGGACUUGAGCAGAAAUUCACUAUCAGGGGCUCUGCCUUAUACUUUAAGCGCGCUGAAAUCACUGUUGAAGCUUGAUCUUAGCAGAAACCAAUUCACGGGAAAUUUCCCCAAAGAAAUCGGCAACUUAAAGAAUCUAACGCUGCUGGACCUUAGCAACAACAAAUUUUCAGGUGGAAUGACAGAAUCAAUCCAAUACAUGGGCUCCUUGGAAGAGCUGGUCUUAUCAAGCAACCCAAUUGGCGGCGACAUCAUGAGGCUUAGGUGGCAUUAUCUUCAGAGCCUGACUAUUUUAGAUUUGUCCAAUACAGGGUUGACAGGUGGAGUUCCAGAGUCCAUAUCACAGCUCAAAAGCCUAAGAUUUCUGGGUCUUAAUGACAACAAUCUCACAGGUGAUCUUUCACCAAAACUAGCAGCCCUGCCUAAUAUAAGUGCAAUAUAUUUACAUGGCAAUAACUUGACAGGAGAGCUCAAGUUCUCAGACAAGUUUUACGAGAGAUUGGGUAGGCGUUUUGGUGCUUGGAAUAACCCAAAUCUUUGUUACCCGAAGGGCGUGUUAUCAACUAGUAAAAUUCCUUAUGGAGUAAAAUCAUGUGAGCAAGAGGUCAAUCUUUAUAAAAGAGGUGCAGAUACAAAAAUCAAGCCUGGGAGCUAUCAGGAUUCCAUAGUGGUGGCUUCUUUGGGAUACUCAAGAAAUGGGAUGGAUUGGUUUUGGUGUGCUUGUAUGGUAAUGACUGUUGUGUUCUUUAACUAUGCCAUGUAAAAUAGUAGAGUUUAUUUCUUUGGUGAAUGAGAUCAGAUGUCCGAAUGAAAAAGAUUAAGCCUCUUAAAAGUGUACUCAUUUUUGUUAAAAAAGAUUGAGCGUUUUAAGUUUGUUUUUUUCUUUACCUGGCUACAUAUGAGAAAGUUGAUAAAAUAGAACAGGAGCGUUGGAAGCUUUAA